AUGGCUCAAUUACCGGCUGAAAGUGAGCUUUUUCUCUAUAUUAAUAAAAUAGUAUAAAACUUUGAUUUAGAACGAAAACAUUUGGAUUUUUUCUGUGGCUGGGGCGCCGGCUGCAUUGAGACGUGUUUAUUGUAUCCGACGAAUAAAAUCAUCUUCCGACAGCAACUUCACGGGUUUUCGGCCAAAGCAGCAGCCCUACAGGUUUUCGAAGGUUCUGCAGCGAGUUCUAGUUUGAAAUUAAUCUUCAGAUCAAAAAUGAGGGUGUUGUUUUGUUAUAUAGAGGACUUUUACCGCCGUUGUUGAUGAGAACGACGUCAAGGGCGUUGAUGUUCGGGUUGUUCGACGAGUUUCAGGUGAAAAUUAUAAGAGAAAGAAAAAUGCGGUUUAAUCCAAAAUUCACUUUUCUCACACGUAAGACAGUUCCAUUUCAGUUUUAUCUUGAUCAGCUGAAACGUUAAAUUUUUAAAACACCAGGAAACAUUUUUGAAGUUUAUUUUUACACAGUUUGAAAUUUGAAUUUAAUUCUUCAUUGCAAGGGAUCAAAAAUGGUCUUUGUUUUAAUUUUACACAUAAAAAUAUUUCAAAAAUGGUGAAUAUUUAGAGUGAUGACUUAUCGAUUCUUCAAAUUUAGACGUUUAUUUUUUUCUCAUCUUUUUAAAAAGUUUGACUCUUUUCACAGUUUCAAAACAAUCUGGACCGUCUAACUUUUUUUAAAUCAAUUCAAUUGAAAAAAAGUCAUUUUUCCAGUCUAUACUCCAGUGUCCGCGGGCGCCGCCUCAUUCGACGUUUUCUCUUUGUCAUGCCCAAGCCGCCUUUCUUGGUAAGUGAAGGCGAUUCUUUCAACAAUCGGAAAGGUGGUUUUCUUUAAGAUUUUUGAUAAAUUAAUGUUCAGAGAUCAUGUGCAAAGUGAUUCCUCAUGAUUUUUCUGAAUCAAAAAAUGACCUCUUAUUUCUUUUUUUUCGAGUUAGUUCUCUCAAAUCUGGGUCUUUUAAGAAAGUUAUAUUGAAUCAGAAAAUUGUCGAAUUGAAUUGAUUAAUAGCUACUCUCAGAUAUCUUUCAUUUUCUGGAAAAUAUUGCAAAUUUAUUCAAGCGAAUUUCCGAAAAAAUGCAGAUUUUCCAUCUUAGUUCCAUUUGUCAUUGCUUUUAUUACUGGAAAGUUUAUUUGUUUUCAAACAAGGAAACAUUUUUUGGCCCCCGGUUGAACUUUUGAUGAAACUAGUUCUGUUUUAAAAACAAGAAAAAUAUUUUUCGCUUUUUUUCGAUUUAUAAAUCUUCAUAGUUUGCAAAAAAACGCAAAUUACCACAAAAGGGCUAUUUCAUGCUUUCAAAGCGUCUAAACUCGAAAACUAGAUCGAUUGCGAAAAAUUCUUUUCUUGUUCUGGAAUCAGGAGGUCCAAGAGUAAAUCAAAAGUUCAACUGUGUCCAAAAAACCCCUCUAUUUUGCGUCUUCUGACUCAUUUUUAUGCUUUUCUGUCAUAAAAUCCAUGAAAUUUUCCAGCCGGAGUCGUGGAAGCCACACUUUGCCCUCUGGAACGGAUACAGUGUAUUCUGCAGACGAGUGCCUAUAAUAAUCGAUUCAAGAACACCUUAGACGUCGUCAAAGAGCUGAGGGUACCGCAAAAAUAUAGUUUUAUCCGAAAAAUCGGCCAUUUUCCAGCCGUACGGCUUCAGAGAGUACUAUCGGGGUUAUUCGGUCGUCGUCGUCCGGAAUGCCCUUUCCAAUUCCAUGUUUUUCACCUUAAGGGACCCCUUGAAGAAAAUUGUGAGAUACAAAGUUUUCUUUUUUGUAAUUUAUGGUUUCUUUUAGAUAACAGAAAGUGCUAGGGAUUCGAAUCUGUCGAAAAAUGUUGUUGGGGCGAUGGGAGACUUUUUCGCUGGCGCCAUCCUCGGGGCCAUGAUCUCGACCAUUUUCUUCCCCGUUGGGGUUGUCAAGACGAAUAUGCAGAGCAAGGUUAUUUUGAAAUAAAAAAAGAAAAAAGCUCAUCGCAAACUUAAGAUCCGACGUAACAAAAAAAUCCUACAAAUCAAAAAUUAUUAAAAAAAGUUCGAAACGGUGAAACUAUUUUUCAGGAGUUUUUUUCUCUACCUUUUUCUGAAUUUAAGGACUUUUUUUCAAUUUCUUAACGGAACGUGUUCAUUAUUCAAAAAAAUUCGAUGGUUAAAAUCUUAGAAAAUCAAAACCCGAAAAGUGACUUUUUCAAAAAUUGAUUUUUUUCUUUUUCGAAAAUGAAGCUAGGAAUUUAAUGGUUCUUGAAUUUUUAAAAAUGCAAAUAAUUCAACGAAGCUGAAUUUGGAAAUAACUUUUUGCUUGUGAAAUGUGAAAUCUUCACUCUUUUUCUGAAGGAAACUCGCCAAAAUUUUUAAAAGGGAUUAAAAAAAGCCGAAAAAAAUAAUCUUGAUAUUCCAUUAUUAUGAUUUUUUUUUCUCCAUUUCAUUCCAGUUUUCAUUUCUCAUCUGUGUACUGAAACUUUUCUAUUUCCUAGGGAACCGCUCAUUUCCUUAAUUUCAUCUUAUUGCUGAUACUGAAAGAAAAAGGCUUCAUUUUCAGUACGGCGUUCCAUUCGAAAACCCGUUCCGCGUGUUCCGACAACUGAUCGUGAAAAGAGAUGAUUCCUUGAGAGGAAUUUAUCACGGGGUCUACCUGAACUUCACAAGGUCCAUGCUCACCUGGGGGAUCACCAACACCGCUUAUGGGGUCCUCAGGAAGCUGAUUGUUGGAGAUGAUUGA